CUGUCGGGUUUUGCGGCGCCGUAUCAAGUCGAACAAGCCUAUUAUCUGCCUCAUACCAGCCCCCACCGUUGCACGUACAGCACUGGAUCUUGUGUAAAGUGCCGAUUGGUCCGGAUGCCAGAGUGGGCGUGGUCAUCCGUUGCUACGAGCACCGUGACAUCACAAUCAGCUGUUUUGUACGCUGUAUAUUCUGAUCCGCGGAUCAGCUGGGCGGCGAAGCAAUAACAUCACAAACAAUAUCUGCCGAAAAACACCACAAGCUGCAGAUAUUUCGAUCUAAACGUCGUGUGGAUCAGACUUUACACGCAGAUUUCUUCUAAGAAGAAAGACCUUUUCAUAUUUUUUGUGAAUUUACUACCUCGUAUAUAAAAAAACACCUAAAGCAAAGCUAUGCUUUAAGAUUUUUUCUCGUCGUGUAUAUUUUGUGGUCGUCGCGUUUACAACUUGAAUAAUUUUGCAGAUCUUUGCAACACCUGAACCAAGAGAUACCUUAAAUUCUAUGCCGCCUUUUCUGAUACUCUGUUACGAAAAAAGGCCAAGACACCUGUGAUCAACUAUUACAUCUCUGACACUGACUAUAGUUAAAAAUAGCUCAUUUUAAAAUAAGCAUUUAAGGCAGCUAUUCCUCAGGAAAAAACAUGUUCCAGCGGCUCAGCAGUCUGUUCUUAGGAAGCGUGGAGGAAGUUACUCCAGAGCUGAAGGGACCAAAGCCCUGUGUAACUGAGGCUGAUGAAGAAGGAUGGCUUCUAGUCAACCUGCCCGGCGAGAGUAGGCCAGAGGCAGCAUCGGCAGCAGAAAGUCACGCAUCUCACUCUCCUCCAUCCUGCAAAAAGCGCAGAACUCGAGCAGGCAGGAUACAGGCAGAGCAUGCCACCUCCCGUUCCAUCUGCUCUCCUGGCCCCGCCUCCUUCUGGCACCCUGAGUCAGUAGAAGUGAAUGUGUUGUUAAGCAAGCACGGCUCUUGCUCCUGUAGUGACUGCAGCAUGGAUGAGAGCUGGUUUGUCACCCCUCCCCCCUGUUUUACUGCAGAGGGAGCCACGGCGGAGGCCAGCCCCAUGGAAGAUCUCCUCAUCGAGCACCCCAGCAUGUCCGUCUAUGUUUCACCUGGCCAUCUUCCUGCGAUGGAAGAGAGUGCCAUCAGCCUGGCCGGGAGUGUGAGGAUGUCUGAAUCAGCGCUUCCUGCUGUUACCAGGAGCAGCAUGCCCACACGGGUGACUAGAGGAGCAGCCGCCCAGGCCAGUGCCCUGACUAAAGUCACACAGAUGUCCAGGGUCCAGAGGGCCAAAGCCCGCACUGAGCGUCGCCACCUGGGACGCAACCUUGUGCAGCGCCAAAACCGCACGCGUGAACAAGUCCAACGGCGCGCAACUCACACCCGCAACUCCUUCCUGCACCAACCGUGCCAGCGCAACUGUUGCCACUGAGGCAUCAAAUGUUUACAUUGAGGGCAUUAUUACACACAGGCACCCCACGUAACCUCUCCUUUCUCAGUGGCCCUCUUUAAAGUCCUUAUGCUCCCUUAGAUUUAUAACAUUUGUUAGCCGUUGUUGCGCACAAGUGAGUUUAUGUUUAUCUUUUCUGACAGUCCACCACCAAGCACAAUUUGUUUGUGUGUGCGUGCGUGCGUGUGUGCGUGCGUGUGUGUGUGUGUGUGUGUGUGUGUGCGUGUUUGCCAGCUGUACCACCUGAGUGUCCUUGUAUAACACCUAAAUUAGAUCCCAGAAGAAGCAGGGAGUAUAUCUAAAACGGAGAAGCAUACAAACUCUGUAGGUAGCUCAACAAACAACAUCCCAAAGUCUGACUGAGUGUGGGUCCAUGAUGGACGUGACAUGCUAGUGAAUUGUGAUUCAUUUAAGUUAUCUUUCAGAGCAUUUCCUCAAAACGCAAAAAAACUGAAGUAUAGUUUUCUGUCAACGUCUAAGCGAAAAGAAAAAGAUCACGGGGUGUCAGGGCAGUGUGCAAUGUCAUUUCAGGUCACAUUAUCAGACUACAGAACUAUACGGAGAUGCUAUUAUUAUAUUGUAUACUGCUUACAGUGACACAGGGAAUAAUUGGAAUCACAACUGAGAAUAAUGCAAAUGACAAAAAAGUAGUAUAGUUAAAGUGAUAGUUCACCCAAAAAUUCUGUCAUCAUUUACUCACCCUCAUGUAAUUUCAUACCGGUAUAAAUGACUUUGUUCUGAUGAACACAGAGAGAGAUAAUUGGAAGAAUGUCAACAAUUUUCAGUUCUGUGACAUCAUUAAGCGGGUUUACAUCACUCUGGUUUUCUUCGCAUUUUGAAGUUUCGCAUCAGAAACGAGUGAUGUAAACGCCAAAUUUCGAAUUAAAAAGGGUUCAUGUGAAAAAUGGGAGAUGGAAAUGCAUUUGCAGAAUAAAUUCCUCCAAAAAGUCACGUAACUGCACUAUGAGAUGGCGUAACCUGACUAACCAGAGUACUGAUCUUGGUACACAGCUUCAGAAAUGUUGUUAUGGUCAUUCUUAAAUGCCUGAGCAAGGUAUUUCUGUAAUUGCCUCUUAGGACCGUCACGACUGUGUUUCCCAAACAGCAGGCAUCCACAAAAACACCGCAUUUAUUGUGUUUUAUAAUCGUCUGCUUGCGCAAAUUAUUAUAUUCAGUGGCUUCUCUUACUGAUAGUUAGUGGCAGUUUAUUAGGAACUGACAGUUGACUAGUUGGAUGGAAAUGGUGCUUAUUCGCAAAUGUUUUAUGCGAUAUAUUCCAAUUUUGCACAUAAGCUAAAUUCACAACUUUGGAUGGAAACCCGGCUAUUGACUACCAAAGUAGGAGAAAUUAAAAUGGUUGUCCAUUUUCUAAAUUCUUCAAAAUAUGUCAUUUUGCGUUCAACAGAACAAAAAAAAGAUACAAUAUAUAUUUUUCCUACUAUGGUAGUGGAUGAUGUCCCAGAACUGAAAAUUGCUACCAUUCUUACAAAUAUCUUUCUUCGAGUUUAGCAGAACAACGAAAUGUAUACAGGUUUGGAACAACCUGAGGGUGAGUAAAUGAUGAUAGCAUUUUCAUGUUUGGGUGAACUAUCCCUUUAAUGUUCUUAAUUCUCAUAAAAAUAAUGCAAAAUGGUUUUAAAAUAUGCUUUCAUUUUCAUGCGACUGAAUCUGACGCUCCACAGAAACCAUUAGCUUGUUAUGUGCUUGACCAUUGACAAGAGUUUUGGUUAGAUAUGUUUAGUAGAUACAAUCUCCAGGAAAGUUUCAAAGUCCAGUACAUCAUGCCUAUGUGAGAAAUCACUGUGAACAAAGACAGAAAGAAAGUUCCAGAUCUCAAAUCACCUGUUAUUUAGAUCGGGGGUGUUAUUUUGUUUGUUUGUGCUUUUCAUCAGACCAUCCCUGUAAUCUAAAUGAAAAUAUAAGGUAACUGACCGUGCACGCAUCCUCUCACACAAAACAUCAAAUCCUAAAAUGUGCACUUCCUCAAUAGUCGGCACAUUUAAUGGAAUCCUUUCUUAUUUGUGUAUUCAGUCAUGAAUAGACUAACAAUGGUGCUGAAAGUAUAUAAAUAAAUAUAUGAUCGUUUGUACAUUUUUGAGACUUGUGAGAGAAUUGUGCUGUUUUUUUUCAACAGUGAAUGAGAUGCCAACAUGCAUGAGUUGUGCUACCCUAAAAGGGAAAAGUUGCAAACUAUUUGCAGUUCAGUGUUUGAGUUGAAACAUCAGCUGUCUGUUUGGAUUGCGUAGCUUUACCUUAAGUCUGUUCCUCCAAAUACUUGAGUACACAUUUACUAUACAAACCAACAUUUGCCAUGUUGUCAGUACCACUGUCUGAUAGAUCAUGCACCAAAGACUUGAUUUUCCAUGCAAUUUUCUUUUGUUUAAUCAUUCUUGUCUUUCCUAUCACCUGCCACUAUCUGUAAAAUAUUGUAAAAGUAGUAGUAGGCUAAAGCUAUAUUUUACGAAACAUCUUAACUUUCAUUUCUUUGGUUUAAUUUAAAAUGACAUCUUUACAGAGAGCAUAGUAAGAAUGUCAGUGGUAUAUCUAGGAAAAUCAAAUGCCCUGUAGCCUUACAAGGGUCCUUAACACUGUCCACUUGAAAGCUGUCAUCUGUUCGCAUUGGUAUUAACAUCUAGACAAUGCAAUGUCACAAAACAGUGAUCUCUGCUAGAGAUCCACCACUUCUGUUCAACAUCACAGCUAGACACCGUAUACUCUGUGUUUGUUUGUUUGUGUGCGUGUGAUUAUUUAAGUUGUAGAGGUCAAAUGUCUGUUAGGCCUCACAAGAUAUCUAGUUGUUGUGAUUUGAGAGUGGGUAGAAGGUUGAUUUAAGACAUAAAAAUAAGAAAGGUCAACAAAAAUAAAUAUGCUUGUAUUUUUUCCUCACAUUGUUAAAAGAAGAGAUGUUCACCCUAAUGACAAAAUGCAGAGUAUUAAAAUGUUUGGUGUGUAUGA